AAUGAUCUGAGGGAAGAUGAAUUUUUUGCUCUAGAAGACUUCCUUCAUGCUGUUGUCAAUGGUCUGUGGCGUACCUUUUGGCGUAAGAGUGGGCCAUUGCCAUUCUAUUUGUCUUGUGGCCGCCAUCCUGGGUCCAAGUUUUAUAGCCUAGAGAAAGCAAUAUCAAAGGGAAGGAUUGAAGAGCUCUGUGGUUUAGCUUUGAUAUCAAAAACAGGGAGUGAUCUGCAUGUUCAUUGGGAUCAGGUGAUGGAGUUUGCGUUAUUUAAACCAUGUAUAUUAUCAGAAAAUGAAAUGAAACUAUCUCCGAUCAUUAUCUGUGAAGCUCUUUUUUAUGGUUUUCAUAUACUAGUUUCUAGAAGUAUAAGCAAGUCAAGUACUGUUGGAGGGGAUUCUGUUUUUGUUUUGGUUCUUGAUUCUAAAUUUGGUGGGGUCGUGAAACUUGGAGGUGACCUUGGUAAACUUGAAUUGAACUCGCAUAAUCCAUACUUAUCGGUGGCAGAAUGGAUAAAAUGUCAUGCGGAGGUCAGUGUUUCUGCAGUGGACUGCAUAUGGAAUAAACUGGGAAAUGCAAACUGGGGGGACCUGGGGACUCUGCAGGUACUUUUAGCAACUUUCUAUUCUAUUGUCCAGUGGAAUGGACCACCAAGAAAGUCAAUAGAAUCAUUGGCCUCAGAUCAUAGCCUUCGUUUACAGAAGCGCAGAAUGGAGUCCCGCCAAAAUGAGAACGAAAAUGCAUUGGUCCCCUUUCAACAACCUAACCAUCAACAUGGAGAGAUCGUCGAACUUGAUGCGGGGGAUAAUCAAUCCUUCAGAAAGCAAGCCUCACGUUUGAAGCUUAAGCAGGGAGAAACAUUGCUGUUGGAGGAUCAAAGGCAAGGGCAGAAAAGUUUCCAGAUACAAGAAUCGUUAGUAGGAGGGAACUACUUUCUGUACAGUGCUGUGUCUCUAGAUAAUCCAACAGAAUUGUUAACUUUGUAUGUGGGUGCUCAUCCAUCAAGACUGGAACCAUCUUGGGAGGAUAUGAGUUUAUGGUAUCAAGUCCAGAGGCAAACAAAAGUGUUAAACAUCCUAAAGCAACAAGGAAUUUCAAGCAAAUAUCUGCCGGAAAUUAUUGCUUCCGGAAGGAUUUCGCAUUCUGGUCCCUGUAACAAGCAGAGUCCAGGGGGUCGAUGUGAUCAUCCAUGGUGUGGAACUCCAAUACUUGUAACAUGUCCAAUUGGGGAGCCACUUUCAUUUGUAGUUGCCAGGGAUGGACCAUUCUCCUCCGAGGAGGCACUGCAGUGUUGUCGGGACUGCUUAGCUGCACUGAGAAGUGCAGCAACAGCCAAUGUCCAACACGGUGAUAUUUGUCCAGAAAACAUAAUACGUGUUGUGGACAGGAAUGGUAGUAGAAACAGGUUUUGUUAUGUCCCAAUAUCAUGGGGACAUGCUGUUAUAGAAGACAGAGAUAGCCCAGCAAUAAAUCUGCAAUUCUCGUCCUCUUAUGCACUCCAGCAUGGAAAACUGUGUCCUGCAUCAGAUGCGGAAAGCCUUGUUUAUCUUCUUUAUUUUAUUUGCGGGGGAACCAUGCAGCAACAGGAUUCAAUUGAAUCCGCAUUGCAGUGGAGGGAAAGAACCUGGACAAAACGUUUGAUUCAACAGCAACUUGGUGAGGUUUCAGCAUUGUUGAAGGCAUUUGCUGAUUAUGUAGAUAGCCUUUGUGGAACCCCUUACCCUGUUGAUUAUGAUAUUUGGUUGAAGAGGCUGAAUAGAGCUGUUGAUGGUUCAACAGAUAGGGGUAAAAUGAUUGAAGAAGGAGCUAUAACAUUGAGACUAGAGGAUGUUGCCGAGUCUUCAGGCACCUCUGGAGGCGGUGUCUAGCUUUUUCUCUUCUUUGGGAAGAUGGUCUAGUUUUGUGGGGUGUGUUUUUGUAUCUAUUUUUGGCUGAGAUUCAAAUGGGUGUUCUUCAACAAGAUUGUCAAAUUCUAGAAUUUAGAGGUUGAUGUCUUAUCUCAUUUCCGUGGCUGUAGAGAGUUUUAAGAUUUCAUUGUGAUAUGCCGAAAGACUGAUAGCCAUCUUUGAAUUGACAGCAAUGUAAAUGUGUAUCAAUUGUAAUU